UUCCUCCUUCAUUCCCAUCGAUCCCGAUCGAGCUCGGCGUUCUAUGCCCUGCUGUUCCCUUGCUCCAGAUCCGUUCUCCAUGGCCAAAGUUCUCUUCUAGCUCGGACUCCCGCGGUGCUUGUUCCUCGGUUGAAGCUCCCGUCGGUGUUCUCUCUUUCUUUCGAGGGCUUCUCGAUCGUAGGCUCCAACUUUCGCAGGAAUCUCCCUUCCUUCCCUUCUUUUCUGUUGCUGAUCGGGUUGGUGCCUCAUGGAGUUCUGGUGCAGUAGACGGUCUGGUUCUUGAUUUGUCUCCUGUUUGUUUCUUUUCUUCCCCCUCGCCCCUCUCAAAGAGUUCAAAGGGGAAAGGAAGUGAUUAGCUGUUUCUUGAGGUCUAUGUUGUUUGUAAGCGACUCUUGGUGAGUUGGAGGUAGGGAGUCAUCCAAGUUGUUGUCUCAAAGAAAAGGAGAGUAACCAGAGAAGGGAGAAAAGGGGUGGAGGAAAUUUCCUGGAGGGACUUCUGCAGCAAUUGAUCUCAAUGGACAUGAAGGACAAGCGCGUUCCGUCUGUCAAUGGCAUCUGUAUGCCAAACAAGCGAAAUAAGCGGCUAUAUGUUCACAUUAGACCAUCCAUUGAUCAAGCUCAGUUGAAGGAGUUUGCUUCAUCAACAAAGGAGCUGCCUAUUAGGGUGAGGAAACCUUACACGAUAACAAAGCAGAGAGAAAGGUGGACAGAAGAAGAGCAUGAAAAGUUUCUGGAAGCUAUAAAACUCCAUGGCCGUGUUUGGCAUCGAAUACAAGAACAUAUUGGUACCAAAUCUGCCAUUCAGAUCAGAAGUCAUGCACAGAAGUUUUUCUCAAAGGUUGACCGCAACUGGGGUACAGGAAAUGCGAUUGAGAUUCCUCCUCCUCGACCAAAGCGAAAGCCGUUGCACCCGUAUCCUCGUAAGCUGGAGAAUUUAUGCACAACCAGAGUUCCAGAUACGAAGCGACCGGAACAAUCUUCUUCACCAAUUCCAUCUUUCUCUGAACAAGAGAGUGGAUCACCUGUAUCAGUCUUGUCUGCAGUUGGAUCAGAAACAUCACCAUUGUCAUCUGUGGUUGGAUCAGAUCCAGUAGAAUUGUCACUGAGUGAACCAGAGAAUAGAUGUUGCUCGCCUACCUCAUCUGUGGAAGGAGAGGAAAGAAUUUUGUCCAAAGAUCCAGCAUCUAAUGGUUCAAAUAAACUAGAUAAAUCUCCACUGGAGUUAUAUUUGGGUUCGCAAGAUCAGAUCCAUCCUAAAGAAUGUUCACCGGUGGAACCACAACUGACUAGUCUGAAACUCUUUGGAAGAACAGUCUUGGUAGCCAAUUCUCAGAAAACAUGCUCUUCUGAUGAUGGAAAUUCUCAGAAAACAUGCUCUUCUGAUGAUGGAAAUGCCACACGAUGUUUCAUGUCGUUGCCAAGUGCUGAUGUUGGCUCUCAUGAAGAGAAAAUUGACACAGAUAUGCAGAAUCAAGCUCCAGGAUUGGGACACUUUCUGCCACAUGAAUAUACAAGUGGGAAAACGGGCAGAAUUCCGUGCGAUGUUGCUGCACUGUCUAUGUACUACUUUUUGGCCCCAGAUGGCGUUCAAAAGAACUCAGCUGAUGAAAUGGUUGCUCCAAUGCCUUUCUGGCCGACAUUCUAUGGAAGUCUACCUAUCUCAUUCACCAACCAACUGAACACGAGGUUGAAACAGGAUCUGCCUCAAACCAGUACUGAAGCCCCUUCUCAAACAAUUGCCAUAGAAGAAGGUUCCUCAGUUGGUUCCAAUUCACCUUCUGCUUGGAAUGAGAGCUUAAUGGAUGACGGUAACCACACUGCGGUAGGCUAUGACGGUUCAGGAUUUCCAAAGGAGCACAUGCGUGCCUUCAAGCUAAAGCCGAGCGAGAACUCAGCUUUCAUUAGCGUCAAAGCAAGCAAGAUCAAGUCCACGAGGGGCUUUGUGCCCUAUGAAAGAUGUAAAAUUGGAAAAUAAGCACAGGAUUACUCGGAGAUGAACAAUGGAGACAGUUGAGCUAAGGAUGUGCUUGUAGAGACCUUUUAACCUUGUAUCCAUCUUGUGCAGUCUGCACAGAUGUUUGUAAACAUCACGUGAAUUGUAUCUCAUAUAUACUCUCAUAGAUAGGCUGACAGAUGCUGUAAGAUACAAUCUCAGCUUCCUUUUUGUAUCUAAUAUCAGGUAAUUUCUGUUGGAAA